GUUUCUCUUUCCGGGGAUUCCCAAUAUCCUGGCGGGUGGACUCGGCUUCACAGUCAGUCUCUGGUCGCGGCGUACCGAGUUCUCCGGUCGUUCGUCCCGCAGGACCCCAGCCUCCCGGACCGCUGCUCUGGUCCGUUCGCCUCUACCGUCAGCAGACCCAUGGCCGAACGUGGGGAACUCGAUUUGACCGGCGCCAAACAGAACACCGGCGUGUGGCUCGUCAAGGUUCCUAAAUAUUUGUCCCAGCAGUGGGCUAAAGCCCCUGGAAGAGGUGAAGUUGGGAAACUGCGGAUUGCUAAGAAUCAAGGAAGGACUGAGGUGUCAUUUACUUUGAAUGAGGACCUUGCAAAUAUUCAUGAUAUUGGCGGAAAACCCGCUUCUGUCAGCACUCCUAGAGAACAUCCAUUUGUUUUACAAAGUGUUGGAGGACAGACAUUAACAGUCUUUACUGAGAGCUCCUCAGAUAAACUUUCCUUGGAAGGAAUAGUCGUACAAAGAGCUGAAUGCCGACCUGCUGCCAGUGAAAACUACAUGAGAUUGAAGAGGUUGCAAAUAGAAGAAUCUUCCAAACCUGUAAGGUUGUCACAACAGCUGGACAAAGUUGUAACAACCAAUUAUAAACCUGUUGCUAAUCAUCAGUACAAUAUUGAAUAUGAAAGGAAAAAGAAAGAAGAUGGAAAACGAGCUCGAGCUGAUAAACAACACGUUUUAGACAUGCUAUUUUCAGCAUUUGAGAAACAUCAGUAUUACAAUCUUAAGGACUUGGUGGACAUCACAAAACAACCUGUGGGGUACCUAAAGGAAAUCUUGAAAGAAAUUGGUGUUCAGAAUGUAAAAGGCACCCACAAAAACACAUGGGAGCUGAAGCCAGAGUAUAGACAUUAUCAAGGAGAAGAAAAGAGUGAUUAAGAAGACUCAGCCAGCAUGCUGAUGGAACAACUCAAGAGUGAUGUGCUGAGGAAACACCACUGAGACGCAAAUAACUUGAGUUCCAUCUGUUAUAGGGGUAAAAUGACUGGAACUUUAAUUUCCCUGCGUAAAUUUUUUAAACAAUUCUUGUAAAGUUGCUUAAGUGUUUUUUGAUGAAAAAAAUUAUUUAUAGGCUUGUAUUAAACUAGAUUAUUCAGGACCAGGUGUGGGGUUGGGAAGGUUAAGAAGGUUUUUCUUUUUAAAUAUUGACUUUUAAAAUGUAAACUUAGGAAAUGAGUUCUAAAUGAGGACACUCUGUCCUUAUCUCUGAGGAGCUGAGGUAAUGCAAAUCCAAAGUGAAUGGCAAAGCAAGAAAAAAGUCAAUUACAAAAAUCUUAAAAGGAAUAAAAAACCAAAGUUGCUUUUUUCUUUGAAAUUGUCAAAAAACAAAGCUGUCUUUAUUUCUUUUUUUACAGAUGAUCAUGUUUCAUAUUCACACCCAUUAAUAAAAGAAGAGAGCAUUUAUGUUUGAACCUAAGAUAGCAGUUUUCACCAUUAGCUUGCUUAUUUUACCCUAGUGUUAGUGACAUGAGAAUUGCAAAACAAAAACAAAAACAAAAAAAAACUGGCCAGUGGGUAUUAUUUAUUUGCUUUUAAAAGAAUUAGAAAUUAAAUAUUUUUCCAACAAUUCCAAGAGGUCUCCCCCAUCCAGAUUAUGUUUCCCAGAAACUGGCUUUGCCCUAGAAUUUUACCUCACACCCAGCAGGCAGGUAUUAACUACCCUACAACAAAUGGUAUAGGGGUGAAGCUGAUGUGUGUUAGGCAGUCCCAAAAACAAACAUACCCACACACAAGACCACCAGAACAAAAGAAACUUCAACAAAUUAAACACAAGAAAAAGUUGCUUUUGUUCAUUUUGUCAGCUGCAUCUGUAUGCUCACAACCAAGAAGUAGCAAAUGCCAACAAUUCAAGAAAAUGUUACAUACUCAAAGCAAAUCAAGGAAAAACCUAUCCAUGGAGAUGAAUAUUUUUCUGUAUUAUUUGAUUUUCAGCAGGAGAACACCAGCAUGCUGAGGUUGAGUACUACUGUACUGAGAAAAUGUUCAUCUAUGCAUUCCCACUGUCAAAUAAAAUUCUGACAAGGGAGGCUGGUCCCAUUCAUACCUCACUUCUGAGAGUUGUACUGUCCUGCUUUGUUCUGGUGCAGGAACCACGUAGCUCCCCAUCACCUUCCCGUCUGAUUACUUGAGACUCAGCGUCAGGAAGCAGAUGGGUAAUGGUGUGACAAAUCUGUAUAGCACUGAGAACUCUGGAUACCGGUCAUGUGCUUGGUUCAUAGCAUCUGUCUUCCCCCAGACCUUGUCUUUAUUUCAUGUUUGGUCUGCCCCGAAACAGACCUGUGUCUCCUCUACCUCUCUCUUUUGUUUUUAGGGUGAUAGGGUCUGCCACAUUGAACUUGUAGCUGCUAGUAGAGCUUCCAGGACAGAGUUCUGUCUCAUCUGCAGCUAUGUAUGCUUUGGUAUUUCUGCAAACCUGGUUUCCUCAGCUUACUUUAGUUACCUCAUACCUCAUCACACCUGUCUAUCUGCUUGAGUCUCUUAAGCACUUUUCAUCUGUUCAGUGGCAUAGCUAAUCUAGGCAGCAGACUGGUACCAUUUGUUAUUAGUUUUUUGAAAUUGCUGUAAUACUAAAAUACGGCUACUGAUAAUGGAGGAGACUCUCCCUGGGCUCCUUUAUUUUUUUAUUUCAGGACCCUCUUGCUCUGUAAACAUGCUUUUGACAGCCAGAAAUUAGGAAGUAGGAAUCCUAAGCCCUUAUAACCACUGUGAGAUUGAGAGAGAGGAAGGCUAGUAAGAGAUAU